AUGCGGCCCCUCUUCCGGGCCGUGGCCGUGGCCAUCCGCUACACCUCCUUCAGCGUCACGGUGACGGACAUUUCCACAAUCCCCGUCCUCAUCGUCCGCACCGGCGUGGAAGACGGCCUGAGCGCACCGGUCGACGUCGAACAGGUGCCCGAAAGCGACAGGCGGGCCGUCGUGGCUGAUUCGCAAGGGCGCCUGUCCGCGUGGAAGCGACCCUGGACGUUGCCAUCACGUUCCUGA